AAAGGACUUUCUGCGCUUUCUUGCUCCCUUCGCCUUCUAGAAAAUUCCAACGACUUCGACUCGCGAAUGGUACCAGAAUUUGAGAACGAACUCGGAAGAAUUCGAUCUCUCUCGCUUAUGGAAACACAAACAAGGAAGGAAGGAAGGACGAAGCGAAGAUCUUGAGGAAAAUAGAACGAUCAUCUUUUUUUCCUUUUUCGCCAGAAAAGCUUGGUGGUGAGCCGCCGGUCGGCCGAUGGAGACGGAAGGCAGUGGCGGCGGCUCCCGCGGCGGUUCGAGCUCGCAGCCGCCGCCGUUUCUCGACAAGACAUACGACAUGGUGGACGACCCGGUGACGAACUCCGUCGUCUCGUGGAGCGCCAGCAACGCGAGCUUCGUGGUCUGGAACGCGCCGGACUUCUCCCGGAUCCUCCUCCCCCGCUACUUCAAGCACAACAACUUCUCCAGCUUCGUCAGGCAGCUCAACACUUACGGUUUCAGGAAGGUAGACCCCGAUCAAUGGGAGUUUGCAAACGAGGACUUUGUGCGAGGACAGAGACACCUCCUGAAGAACAUACACCGACGCAAGCCGAUCCAUAGCCAUUCCCUCGCCGCCACCCAUUUGAAUUCCUCGAUCGAUAAGCAAGAGCUCGAGGAAGAGAUCGAGAGACUCAAGCUGGACAAGAGGAGGCUUUGGGGUGAGAUCCAGAGGCACACGCAGAAGCAGUGCGAGUUGGAAUGCCAAAUGCAGGCUUUGGAGGAAAGGUUGCAGGUUCUUGGGCACAGGCAGAAGGGGCUGGUGUCCUUCUUGACCAGGGCCAUACAAAACCCCGCUGGCUUCCUUUCUAACUUUGUGCAACACUUGGAGGAAUUUCACACCAAGAAGAAGAGGAAAUUGCCGCGAAUCGACUACUCGAACGACGACGACGACAUCUACGGCGAAGAACAGCCGGUCCAAGCAUUCGACAUGGAGUCGUUCGAGAAGAUGGAAUCGUCUCUGAAUUCACUUGAGAAUUUCUUUAGAGGUGUUAGUCAAGCAUCCGGGGACGACAUACCCUAUGAUAACAUGAUCAUCUCCGAGACAAUAGCCUCAUCGGUACCGAGACUGCUCGCUUCAUCGCCGGAGAUACAAGAAUCUACGAGCUUCGUAGAGACUCCUUCUGUUCCUGCGAUCGAAAAGGAAGUGGAUUCGGGUAGCAAAUUCUCGGAGAUUGAUGUGAAUUUGGAGCCCAAAUCUACUGAGGUUGAUUCAUCAAGAGAUGUUGGCACAAGCACAACCUCAGCAGUGCCUGCCGGGGCAAAUGAUGUAUUCUGGGAGCAGUUUCUCACUGAAAUUCCGGGCUCUUUCAAUACGAAGGAAGCUCAAUCAACUAGAAGAGAUUCAGAAGACAAUCAAGGAAAUGUUAUCGACAGGAAAAGUGUCGAUAACUUUUCACCCGAUAUGAAGAAGAAUCUCACUUCAGCAGAGAAAACCUAAUCCUAGUUCUGUAUGUAUCAUAACUCUCAGAAUGUUUCCCUGUAUUAGAUGUGAAUGUUCAAUACUUAGCAUACAAAUGGCUUCUGUCUUUCGAUUAAUCUAGAAAGUAGAUUGGUUCAUAGUAAAUUCGAAAUAUUAACCUGCAUUUGAGAUUCAAAUUUUAAAUUUUUUGUGAUGUAAAUUUGUUCAUCUUUUGAUGAAUUUGAUAGGAUUUUUUUUAUAUCGUAAAA